CCAACCCCUUGUUGAGAUUGGACUGUGUUACCUUUCAGUAGCCGAGAGAAGCUGUGGCAGAUUAACACAUGGCUACGAUCUCUCGUAUAUCUCUAUGUCCGCCACCUCUCUUCUCCAUUUUCAACCCAAAAACUUUAUAUUCCCUCAAUGCCCACAGUUCAUCUCUGUCAUUUACCUCACCUCCGCCAUUACCAGCCGCUCUUCCCCCAAAAAGAAAUCAAAGCACACCAAUUAUUGCCGUUUGUUCGAAAUCCACCAAGUUUUGGAGAAUUUCUGCUAUUUCCGGAGAUUUUUUGCUUUCAGAAGCAGACCCAAUUGAGAAUUCUGAGCAGAUAGUUUCCACAAACGAUGAUGGUGUGUCCUACGUCAUAUCUGUUCUUCUGCUCAUAGCUUUUGUUGGACUAUCCAUUCUUACUGUUGGGGUUAUCUACAUAGCUGUAACAGAUUUCUUGCAGAAAAGGGAGAGAGACAAAUUUGAGAAAGAAGAAGCAGGAAAGAAAAAGAGUGCGAAGAAAGGGAAGGUGAGAACUAGAGCUAGAGCCGGUCCCAGGGGGUUUGGUCAGAAGAUUGAUGAUGAGGAUGAGGAUGCAGAUUAGAAUGCAAAUGGCUUCAAUGUAACUAUAAUUAUAAGAUGUUGAAAACUUUGGGGUCUUUGUUAAUCUUUGUUCAGUGUUUACAUGUAAUGGUGUGGAUGAUGAUGAUUCUUAGUGAGAACAAAUGAUAUUCAAUCUUCAAAUGAACUCACUGUUAGCUUUUACUGAUUAGCCUAGGUGAG